AGUGCUGGUAAUGGGGCAGGGGGAGCCCCCAGCCAGGCUUCCUGAGCUGCACAGCCACCACUUCCCAGAUAAAGGUAUCGCCUGGAGGAGCCACAGCAGCUCCCAGGACACUGGAAAGGGUCGACUGCAGCACGUGUGGCUCUGGCACACAGGUUGCAGGAUGGCAGCCUGCCUGUGCCAGGGCUGGCAGUUCUCACUGCUCCCUGCCAUCCUGCUCAGCCUCCGCAGCCCACCGUCAGCCCCUGAGCCAGUGACAUCCCAAGAUGCUGCACUGCUAGCAGGCGUGACCGAGGACAUCCUCUGUUUCUCCCGCUCCUUCGAGGACCUCACCUGCUUCUGGGAUGAGGAGGAGACAACCACUGAGAUGUACCACUUCUACUACUGGUACAACAGGGAUGUGCCCAGAGUGUGCGUGGUCUCCAUGUGGCACCAUGGGGCUGGUGGGAAGCGACAUGUCUGCGUCUUCCCCAGCCAGGACGUGAGGCUCUUCGCCCAGCUCCACCUAUGCAUCCUGGAUGCCACCACAAACCAGACAAAGUAUUGGCGGGAGCUCAGUGUGGAUGCAGUGGGUCUCAUUGGUCCCCCAGAGAACAUCACAGCCCGCUGGGCUGGGGCUGCUGGGCAGCUCUGCGUGUCGUGGCAGCCACCACUCGCUGACUUAUGGAACUUCUUCCUCUACGAGGUGCAGUGCUGCCCUGCCAUCUCCCCAGGGACACCCUGCAGCACCACAUUGAAUCCUGGUGGGCAGCACCCUGGAGACCCCUCCAUUCAGUCAGCUGUCAGCACUCACAGACCCUGGGCUGGGGUAUCCUCCCCGGCAGUGGGGCAGAGGCUGGUCCAGGCCAACACCUGGGUGGUGCUCCGGGACCUGCAGCCAGGGGUGAGGUACCACAUCCAGGUGCGCAGCAAGCCCGACGGUACCUCCAUGGACGGUGUCUGGGGGCCCUGGUCACAGGCAGUGGCUGCAGAGACACCCCGCUCCUCCGGUGAGCAGCCAUUCCCUCUGCAGGGUUGCUGGCAGGAACAGCAGGGAGGCAUCCCCGCCUGGGACUGCAGGGGGUGGGGUCCUGCUGUGGGUGAGGUGCAACACCCAAGUUUUGGGGGGCCAAGGGGAAGCAGCCCCCUCCCUGCCAUGGCUCUCACCUGCCCAGGAGACAUUGGGCUGUGCUGCAGUACCCCUGACCUGCGGCACGUGCACUGCGAGUGGAGUUGGGACCCUGCAGAGCCCCACAGCUCCCACCAGCUCUUCUACCGGCCACCUUCGAGCGGGGCUGGCACAAGGGAAAAUGCAUGGCAACAGUGUGAGGAGGUGAGCAGGGGGGCACAGGGCACCCAUUCCUGCACCUUCCAGCCCAAGGCUGGCAGUGCCAUCUCUGUCCUGGUGAAUGUCACCCGGACACACAAACUGCCCACACUCAGCUACUUCAAGGAGCCCUUUUUGCUGCACCAAGCUGUGCUCACAGAUGCCCCACAGCUUGUGCAGGCGACAGUGUCGCACAACCAGCUGAGCCUGCAGUGGCUGCCACCCCUGGAGCUGCUGGCAGAGCAGCUGGACUACCAGGUCCGCUACGCCAUUGAGAACAGCCAUGACUGGAAGGUCCUGCAGGUUCCACGAGGAGCUAGGAAAGAAGUCCUGGACCUGCGGCCUGGCACCCGCUACCACGCCCAGGUGCGGGCCCAGCCCAGCGGGCCAUGGUAUCAGGGCAGCUGGAGCGCCUGGUCCAAACCCGUUGUGGUCGAUGCCGUGGCCGAUACGGGCUGGCUCAUCCCCAGUGUCACGAUGGUGCCGCUGCUCCUCUCAGCAGUGCUUCUGGGGCUGCGGUGCACCUUCCCCUCCCUCUACAGCAACGUGAAGCAGAAACUCUGGCCGCCCGUUCCUGACCUGCACCGUGCUCUGGGCAGCUUUAUCCAGGAGAGCGGCAAGCACGGCCAGGUCAGCGCUUUCGACAAGCAGCCGCCGGAGGAGGCCGUCCUGCCCUGCCUGCUGGAGGUGCUGCCCAGCCCGCGGCGCGAGGCGGGCCCGCCGCCGGAGCCCGCUGGGGGCCGCCUGUCCAGCACCGACAUCGCCAACCAAUCGUACCUGCUCAUGAGCGGCUGGGAGCCGCGGGGAGCCACGACCGCCCCCACCCCGCCAUAA